AUGUCAGAAUCAUCCCAAACUUCUUCGCGCCGUACAUCUUCCGAGAACAAGAAGGCCCAGGAACGAUGGACUAAAGACGAGGAAAAACUGUUUGUCCAACUAUGGGCUGAAAAACACGAUCAGUUGGAAAGCAGAGAGUGCAGGAAAACGUGGGCCUGGAUCGCUGAGAAGAUUUCGAAAGCACUACAGUCCAACAAGAUGGCCGACAAAUGUAUUCGGAAAAUGAAGUACAUCAUAGAAAGAUACAAGAAUGCAAAAGAUUGGAACAAAAACCAAACAGGAGGAAACCUUAGGAAAUCGGUCUACUACGAUGAGGUCGAUAAGAUCCUUGGAUGCCGCGACCUAGUAACCUUCAAUAAUGUAGCCGAAGCGGGGAUCAGCGGCGAAAGUGCCCCCCAAGUUGUAGCUGAAUCAAGUGAUACUACUGGCAAGAACAGUACUUCAUCUAGCCCCAAUGUGCUACAAAACUCCAGCUGA